AAUGAACUUCCAUAUUCCUCAGCAAGCAACGUUCUUUUACCGAGGGAAAUGGAAUCAAGAGAUGGAUUCCCAACUUCUUUUGACAUUGAUCAAUUUGAGGAGCGACCAUGAUUGGGAGGAUGGUAAUGUGCCCGAUGAAGUGCUCAACAAUGUCCGUGCGAUGAUUAACCAUCCCUUUGGAGCUGAACUUUCAUCCGACGAUAUAUCGGCUCGCGUGAAAAUGCUGGAGGCUCGAUAUAGUCUGUUUAAGAAAGUGGUCGGUACGAAUGGAGUCCAAUGGAACAUGGAAGAAAGGGUGGUGAUUGCCGACGAGUUGACAUGGAAGAUUAUUCUAGAGACGGAUGCAUCCGCCGCUGCAUAUUUCUACCGUGACGAACCCGAAUUCAAUCUUCUUGCCCGUUUCUUUGGCUGGUAUGACAUAAAAGUUGAGUUCCCUCAUGAGGUGAUUACCCUAUCAGACAACACAAAGGUCAUCGUGCUAACUGAAUCACUGGUACUAGACGCACCCAUAAGAGGGAAGCCAUAUGAUUCACCCGCCGACUCUGAUGAAGUAACCUCACCGAUGCCAGGCCCAUCCACUCGAGUUCGUCACAAGCUAUUUGAUGUUGGUGUUCCAUGCGUCGAUGCAAUAUCUUCUACGACGUCUACUACUCGCGUUAACCCAGGGAAGAAGGGGAUUUUCUCGUCACCGAAAGGGUCGUCAUGUGCACCAUGGAGUCCGUGCCCGAGCUCACAUAGAACACUCCCGUAAAGGGGCCUUGUAGAGCCAGGCUGUCAUUUUUAGUUAUGUGAAGGGGCAUUUCCAUCGUAGUUGUGUUGUCGUUGGUGUGGGUUUUGUGUUUGGAAGGAAGAUAUUGUAAUCAGUGUACUGUAAUGUGGUGUGUUUGGAGGCGUCGAAUCUUUUGGUUGUUGUAUUAAACAAUUAAUUUUAUGGGAUGUAGGGUUUAUUGUUGGCUAAUUAUUAGCUUGUGUAAUGUGUAAGUUUU